AUGACUGGGUGGAUGGGUGUGGACACAGAGAGGGGCACCAGGGCCAGGAAAGAGCAGCUCAGAUGUCCCGGGCCGGCCAAUACCCGCCCCGCUGGGCGCCCAGCACUUCUUUGGAAAGCCCGCCGCCAGCCCGCCCCGCACGCCCAGCUGGUGGAUUGGGCCGGAACCGCGGGCGGGGCGGGGCCAGCGCGGCCCGAUUUGGGGCGGUGCGUGCAGCUGUGUGAGCCGACGCAGCGCGGCUCCGCCCCGAGCAUCCCGAGCCGACCCGACUGCGCCCAGCAGAGCCGCAGGGCGCUGGAGCUUGGGACUGUGCUGGUGGGCAGCCCCCGGGCAGAUGGGCUUAUCUCCCUCCUUACCACCUCUGAGGAUGCCGACGAGCCCCGCCGGCUGCAGUUUCCCCUGCCCACAACCCAGCGGCCCCUGGAGCCUGGGGCCCCCCACUGGGCCAACUACGUCAAGGGAGUGAUUCAGCACUACCCAGCUGCCCCCCUCCCUGGCUUCAGUGCAGUGGUGGUCAGCUCAGUGCCCCUGGGGGGUGGGCUGUCCAGCUCAGCAUCCCUGGAAGUGGCCACGUAUACCUUCCUGCAGCAGCUCUGCCCAGACUCGGGGACAGUAGCCGCCCGGGCCCGGGUGUGUCAGCGGGCUGAGCACAGCUUCGCAGGGGUGCCCUGUGGCAUCAUGGACCAGCUCAUCGCACUGCUGGGGCAGAAAGGCCACGCGUUGCUCAUUGACUGCAGGUCCCUGGAGACAAGCCUGGUGCCGUUGUUGGAUCCCAAGCUGGCUGUGCUCAUCACCAACUCCAACGUCCGCCACUCUUUGGGCUCCAGCGAGUAUCCCCUGCGGCGGCGCCAGUGUGAAGAAGUGGCCCGGGCGCUGGGCAAGGAGAGCCUUCGUGAGGUGCAGCUGGAGGAGCUGGAGGCUGGCAGGGAGCUGAUGAGCGGGGAGGCCUUCCGGCGGGCGCGGCACGUGGUGGGCGAGAUCCAGCGCACAGCCCAGGCAGCAGCCGCCCUGAGCCGCGGUGACUACAGAGCCUUCGGCCGCCUCAUGGUGGAGAGUCACAACUCGCUCAGGGAUGACUAUGAGGUGAGCUGCCCCGAGCUGGAUCAGCUGGUGGAGGCUGCGCUCUCUGCGCCCGGGGUUUAUGGCAGCCGCAUGACAGGCGGUGGCUUUGGUGGCUGCACGGUGACCCUGCUGGAGGCCUCUGCCGCUUCCCUAGUGAUGCAGCACAUCCAGGUGGGGGCAGUACAGCGGGACCGCCACCUUCUACCUUUCCCAGGCGGCCGACGGCGCCCAGGUGCUGUGCCUGUGAGGCCCUCCCAGGCCGGCCCACGGCAGGCCUGCCCUCCAACCUGGGUGCUCAAUAAACUUGUAUUACCUCUGGCUCUGAUACCUGCCUGUCUCCAGAGGUGGAUGUGUGCUCGGGCAUCAGAGAAAGGUGUGUAUAAGAACUGCUCCCCUGCUCUGGGCAGGCCCCAGAAACACGGACAGGGCAGAGCUCAGCGGUAG